AACCCUACCUCAUUUACCUUGAUCUUUCCCUCUCCAAAGCUUGGCGCAAAAGAAUCUCUCACACUCAGUCGCUCUCCCUUUCUCUCUCUAUGAAUUCCUCAGCCUCACAUGAUCCGAAAACCCAAACUAUCACCGGAAACGAACCGGAAACAGCACCGGCCGACGUAAUUACGGCAGCUCGAGUUCUGUCUUCUCGUCGAACUAGGUCCUUUUGUUCUUCUCUCUCUUCUUCCUCUUUUAGUUCAAGCUCUUCGUCUCUCAGUUACCCUCUCUCUCCUACCAGUCCUCUCCAAUUUCCAUUAAAUUCAGCCUCAAAAAUCCCAUUCUCAUGGGAACAACAACCAGGCAUCCCUAAACAAGCCAUUCUCUCUCCUGAAUUGCUCCUUAGAGAGAGAGAAUCUGCAGUCAAAACUGGAGCAAAGAACUUCAGUGUUUCAGAUCAGGCUCUUCCUCCACCUCCAGUUUCGAGCAUUUCAUCGUCGAAGAAGAAGCCUCAGGAGAAGGAUGGAGAUCCAUUUUUAACUGCUCUGAUCGAGUGCUCAAAGGAUCAAAGGGCUGAAAGUUUGUGGAAAAACAGCCGAAAAGUCUGUAAAUCUUCCAGUUUCAGGCUGAGUUUCGUGGACAUUUACACUUCUUGUAAACGGACGAGCUCUGUUACAGAGUGCCAUGUCUUGCUUCCUCGAUCGAGCAAUGCGUGUCUCAAUCUCCUAAAUAAAGAGGCCGUUCCUGUGAUACCACAGAGAUGAGAUCUUUAGUACUCUGUGUAGAGAGAUGAGGACCAUCGGAUGGUGGACGAAGGGCAGAUCCUGACCGUCCAAUAAUCUGUGGAUAUCCCAUGAUUGGCCGGCUCACAGUUAUAAGCUCUCUCUCCUUUUUACAGUAGGGAUUUGGCGGACUUUUUUUCUCGGCAUCUUGAGGUUUCUCUCUUUGAAGGGUGUAUCAAAAUGCCUAUUGCUAUUCCAUAUAUAACUUAUAUACCCUUGUUGUAGAUAACAAGAGUAGUGGAGAGUGGAGAUCAUUUUUCCUUUACUGUUUUUAUUUAUUUAUAUUCUGUUGUUUAGAAAUAAUAGCACUUAGUUUUAUUUUGGAUGUUACAAAAAGUGGACUUUGGAAAUAAGAACAAGAUAAUUUAUGAUAA